CGGUAUAAAGCGGCGGCCGCCGCCCCGCCCGCUCCGGCCCCAUGGAGACACAGCGGCGGCUCGCCGGUGGCAGCCCGGUCCGGGGCGUGAGCGGAGCCCGGGAGUGCCCCCUGGGGAGCCAUGAGCGCGGGCAGCGUCUGCCCCGUCCCGGGCUGGCCUGAGACGUUCCCGGGCGCCAGGCCGGCGGCGUCCCGGCUGGCAGGGAGGAUGAGCGUCAGGGAGCCGUGCGAGAGCCGCGGCCCGAGCGGGCUGCCCGGCGCGGAGCCAGCCGAGGAGUCCGGGGGCCCUGGGCGGGAGCCCUGCGAUAGCGCCGAGAUGCAGCUGAAGGUGGACUUCUUCCGCAAGCUGGGCUACUCCUCCGAGGAGAUCCACGUCGUGCUGCAGAAGCUGGGCCUGAACGCUGACACCAACACUGUGCUGGGGGAGCUGGUGAAGCACGGCCCGGCCGAGCGGGACAGCAGCGAAGCCCCGCCGGAGGCCCCGGAGGCGCCGCUGGUCCCGCGGGGUGGGGCCGGCAACAAGAGCCCCGCGCCCGCCCCGGGCCUCGAAGAGCCUGAGAGCGAGAACCUGAAGCCCAUCGUUAUCGACGGCAGCAACGUGGCCAUGAGCCAUGGAAACAAAGAGGUGUUCUCCUGCCGAGGGAUCCUUCUGGCUGUCCAGUGGUUUUGGGACAGGGGACACAAGGAUAUCACAGUCUUUGUGCCGUCUUGGAGGAAGGAGCAGCCACGACCAGAUGUAUUAAUAACAGAUCAGUACAUACUGCGUGACCUGGAGAAGAAGAAGAUUCUGGUCUUCACUCCUUCCAGGAGGGUUGGAGGCAAACGUGUAGUGUGCUAUGAUGAUAGGUUCAUUGUGAAGCUGGCACACGAGUCUGAUGGCAUCGUGGUGUCCAACGAUACCUACCGGGACCUGCAGAACGAGCGGCCUGAGUGGAAGAAGUUCAUCGAGGAGCGGCUGCUGAUGUACUCCUUUGUCAAUGACAAGUUUAUGCCUCCAGAUGAUCCCCUGGGGCGACAUGGCCCCAGCCUGGAUAACUUUCUCAGAAAGAAACCUGUGGUGCCAGAACACAAGAAACAGCAGUGCCCCUAUGGGAAGAAAUGCACUUAUGGAAUUAAGUGUAAAUUCUACCACCCUGAAAGGAUCAAUCAGCCCCAGCGCUCCUUAGCCGAUGAACUCCGAGCCAAUGCAAGGCUGUCUCCAACCAGAAGUACCAGUGCCAAGGAGGAGAAAAAGGGCAAAAGAGCUUCCCAGGCAGAGCUCUUGUGCUCUGUGCCCACAGAGAGUGAUAAAAGCUCUUUGCAGAAGGUCUCAGCAGAGAGGAAAAGCUUGGCUCACAAAGCAAAGCCCAGCGAUGUUCUGCUUCAGGUCAAAGGUGGCUGCGUGUCGGGAAGUGUCCCUCUGAACAGUGGGAGCCACAGGUCCUCUGAGAGGUACCAGCCUCACAUGGACUCUCUGUCUUAUAUCUCUCAGGAGCAUCUCGACUCAGGCAUUGGGUCCCUGGAGAACCAACUGUCUGAUAUGUGGCCUUACAGAUCUCCCAGUCACUGUGACCAUUCCCACGCUGAUGCAGUAGCAGCAGUCUGCAGCUGUGGGAGGCAGAGACCAGUGUACCCACAUUCUCCCAGCUUAGAGCAGAACGGGCUGGCCUCCUACAAGCACACUUCCCAUAAAUCUUCUUCCUCUGGUGCUAGCUUCUUGCAGUACAGCCCUGAGAUCUCUCACUCAGGAGCCCCUCACUCUUUCUCAGGCUACGGAGUGCCCGUGCACCCUGCUAACCCCGGGCAGUACAGCCUGCCCGGCGAGUACAGUGCCCCUCCGCCCCGUUCCCGUGAGUACUGGUCUGAGCCGUACCAGCUGCCGCCACCUGCAGUCAGAUCCAGCAGCGUGCGGGAUCCCCGAGCGGUGCAGAGAGCCCCGGGGCCAGCCUAUGCGGACUGUGGGUCCCAGUGGGCAGUGCCUGACCAGUUUGCAGAGGAGCGUGCCAACGUGCACGUCAAGCUGUGUGGCAUCUUCCACCCCCACCUGGUGGAUGCUGUCAUGAGUCGCUUCCCUCGGCUGCUGGACCCCCAGAGGCUGGCUGCAGAGAUCCUCACCUACAAGUCCCAGAACCCUGGUGUCUGAGGCUGGUGCUGAGGACAGCCCUGCAUGGGCAAAGCCGGAGGCCACUGUCUGUGCUCCAGCUGCCGUAGGUGCCUCUUGAGAGCCCCUCCUUAUUCCCUGGAAGUACGAGGCUCCAGCUGGAGGCUGGGGUCUAGGUGGGUGUGCUCACAGCCAGUUCUGGUCUAGACAGUGCCCCUCUGAGAGGUGACAGCACCCCAGGGGCUCUGGGUGCUGGCCAGAGGGGAGGCUGCAGCUUCAGAGCUAGGCUUCUCCUUUGGGAUUGUGUGGGGAGCCAGGCACCCCUGAACUGCAUCUGGUCAGAACUGGAGGUGGCCUCACUCUUCCCAUUAGCUUGUUUUGAGACGGUUCAGUGUUGUCAGGCAUCUGGAGGGAGGACUCAAGUGGGCUCGUGGAAGAUGAGGGGAUGCUACCUGUGCGGUGGUGUGGGGCUUGUGAGGACAGCUGCAUUGUCUGACUCUUGGCUCUAAGCUAAGCCUCUUCACUGAACCCUGCUGUGCAGUUGGGUGGAGAAUGCUGGGCUGUGAAUGUGAUGUGAAGCAGGGUGACUUUAAUUUGGCUUUAUUGGGACACUUCUUUUAUGAUUCUAUCUGUACUCCUCCCACCUAAGCUUAGUCAAGAUGAGGUCAUUCUCCAGUUGGUACCACAAGUGCUUAGCAAGCUGCUCAGCUCCCUGAAACGAGCUGGGGAUGCAAGCCCUGCUCAGGAGGAGAGGCUGGGGCUGCUCCAAAGCUGCAGGCAGCAGUUUGGUGCCUGCUGGAAGCUGCACUGCCAGAGCAGGAGCCUGAGCAUGCUGUGGGUGCUGCUCAGAAGCUGACCCUGCUGGCAGCCUGUCACGGCUGUCUGUACAGCACUGACAGCAGCUGUCAAUGUUGUGCCUUUUGUCUUCAGCCAGCAAUAGUCAAACAACUGCAGUCACCUCUGGAGCUGCUUCCUGAGGACUCCUUCAGAUCGUUCUCUGCAAAGCUGUUGUUUUAUCUCCCUUUUUACUGAGGUUUUCCUGUCCCCUUCAUCUUUGUCCAACUGUAGCAGCAGCCAAAAGUAUAGAAUAAGACUUCUUGGUAAGACUGUUCCCCUUUUUGCUCUGGAAGAUGUUUUUUUGUCGUUGUUGGUUGUUUUGUUUUUUAACUGUAGAUACUGUAACAGAUUUUAAAUAUGCAAAACCAAUUGCUGUAGUAAUUGGUUCUGGUCCUGGCAUUUCACUGUGCUCAGAAUGCAGAAGAUGUUCCUUGCACUGGCAGGCCAGAAGCAGUUGAUUUGUUGAUACACAUUGUAUCUGUCUUCUCGUUAAUGUUUUUAAAGACGUCCAGCUUGUGGUUUAAACCAAGGUUGUUGAGUGGCAAAUCUGUGAAGUGGGAGAGCAGAAUCCAGCUGCUUCCCCGGAGCCAUCCUUGGGAGCAGUCUAUCAUUGCCCUCCCUCUGUCCAAGGGGUGACCUACCCAGACUGGCACCAUGUGCCAUGCAAACCACAGGGACACAGAAACCUGUAUGCCUGGUAAAUGAUGAUACAUUACAACUGGGUAAUGUUUCAUGUUAGUAAGCAAAAUGCUUCUUAAUUUUAAGUAACCUGAGACUUUGCAUAUUUGUAAAUGACAGGAGAAAAAGGAGAAGGGUUUAAAAAAAAAAAAGAAGAGGGUUUUAAUGUUAUUUGUCCAGCAACUUGCUGCUUGCUGCUGGUUUUAAUUAGGACUGUUCUUGACUUAGCCAUUGUGUUACUUGGCCUGGUCUGUCGUUGUGCUGGUGGAAUGCUGAUAUCUGCAGCUUCUCUUGCAAUCAGAGGGUUUCCAUUUUCUACUCAAGCUGACAUUUUACUGAACUUUCUCACUAUGCAGUAUUUAGUUUCUGGACUGGAGGGAGGCAGCUGUGUGCAAGCCACGGCAAAGCAAGAACUUGUCUUAUAUCAAUAAAGUGCUGAGUUGA